CGGUCACAUAAUUAUGCGGGCAGUAUGCGGGGAUCCGCGCGCGGUCAUUCCCUCCUCCUCGUCUUCUCUUCUCCCAUCAUCUCGGGCGCUCCCCUAGGCAACGAUGUGCACGGCUCUCGCGCGUUUGUGAAGCUCAACUCGUCCCCGCAAACCCUGCUCAUGGGUGUCGACUGCAUCAUGCCUCUCGUCACCAUUCCCCUCGAGAUCGUCGAGUACAUCAUCCAGAUCAUCGUAGCAAAGUAUCCCAUUGGAUCACUUGGCGCGCCCAGGAACCUCCGCUCUCUGUCCUUGACUUGUCACUCUAUCCGACAUCUGGUUCUACGCGCUUACCUGCGAGACUUGGCGAUUUUGACCCAAUGGCAAUGGGAAGGAAUGCUCCGUCUUUCGUCCUCGAUUAAGGCGCGCUACAGCGUCUACUACCAGGAUGGAGGACUGUGCUGGACGAAAACCCUGACCAUCCCAUCAACCUGCAUCGCUCUUUUGAACGCCCAUGCUCUCUCGUCCCUCGCUCGCUUGCUUCAACUCACCGUCGACUUCACCGACGAAGGUCUCUCGACCCAACACACUCGCUUGAAGCUUAUCGCCAGCAACCUCGCCUCUCGAUCCCUCACGGCAACUCACGAUCAACUGACUGCCCUCACGCUCACUUCCAUGCCUCGCAUCGAUACCAGCAUGCUCCAUCUCAUCUCCCGCUGCUUCCCCUUGCUCGUCGAUCUCUACAUCAGCUGCACCGAACGGCUCGAGGACGCGUGGUGGUGCUUCGAGGACAGCGCGGGCUGCACCAUACACUCGCCGAUUCCCUACGUAUAUGCUGAUGAAACGCACCUCGCUACCGCCUUCUCUCACGCUCUGAAGCCGCUCACGAACCUCAGCUACCUGCACCUCGGCAUCUACCUUUCAGAUGAAGACCUUCUCAACGCGCAUAGCGACGAAUAUCACCUCUCCACCGGCGACGAAGACCCGUACGGCGCGGUAUCCGGCAUCGCUGUCUGCCCUUAUUGCCUCAGAUACGCCGAGCGCGUCCGACAACGCGAAAUACGCUCCAGCAUGCUCUUUGCUCAGAACCUGAAGGCGCUUCGCUGUGUCGGGUGGAGCUCGCUCUUCGACAACUCGAUCGCUCGGUCGUCCGCCACAUCGCCCCCCAGCGCGACCUGCGCCGAACGUCAUACGGCACGACCGACCAUCGAUCGCCUCUCGACCGUAGUCUGGCUCGAUCGGGUGGAUGAUGGCAGGAUACAGACUUGCGUCCACGCCCAGUAGGAUGCAGGGAACUGAGCGUGGACGCAGGAAACUCAUGAAUGGCGCGCAUAUAUGCAUAAUUGUUGGACGAAAAUCAUCUGCUUGCACGUUUAUUGUCACCCUGCAUGUGAAUUUCAAAUCGCCAUCUUGCGGCAUUGUCAUUGUCCCGAAAAGGCUUUGUGAUUGCCGCAAAGGGAACAAUGGUCAUAGCGCAGAUCACGCACAUGGCCACUUGAAUGCAGGCAUGGGUCUGUGGGUCU